CUAACAAAAUAAUGACUGGAUGUGCCCUUAUUUACUCCCUUGACAUGCUAACGAUGACUCUAUUUUAGCCGAGAGGAUGGCAUUUGUGGACUUUUUACCCCAGUGCAUCAAAAAGGGCGGAGCUGUACCUAAUUAUGAAAGUUUUAGUCUUGUGGUAGCAAAGGCAAAUACCUGGUUGAGGGAUCACCCCACUGUACUGCUUAAAUCAUGUGAAAGUAUUCUGAUCAAGACUCAAGAAAAGAACAAGUUUGGUCUUCCAAAUGGAAUCUUCUUGUCUGAAGCGAUGGCCUACAAUGAAGUGUUUGAUGAUGUGUCUUCUGGUGGACCUAUUCUCGUUGCACUGAGGCUGUGGUAUAUACCUCAAGAUGUACCGAAACGAAAGUUGCCAGUGCCAAAGGCCCCUCAGCUCAAAUACCUGAAUUUGACACCCGAAGAACAGUACAAAAAUGGAGGGGUUUUUAAGCCACCGGCCUAUGAAUCAUUAUUCCAUCUUAUAGAAAAAUACAAUCAAGUGAGAAAAGAAGAGCCCAUUGAUGGUAUGGUUCUGACCAUUGAGGUACAGAGAGCAUGUUAUGAUGAGGAAGGUGUUAAUGCAGAGAGGACGUAUCUGCUCCCAAAGGCCUACAUGAUAGAGUUUGUACGUGUGUUCUACGUGUCUGGAGAGCCAAGGACUGAGGAAAUAGGUUGUGCUGAUUUUGCUCCCGACAAGUUGACAAGCAGUGGCUAUGACCGCUACCAGAAUAUCUUCCGCCGAGCUAGUAUGUGGAUCCGCACUCAAACUGGAAUCCGUGUCACCAACGUACAGUCUGUCAAUUGCAAAUUUAAGAAAGAUGAGAAAGAGAAGUGCCUUGAUACUCAAGAAUCUGUCAUUCUUUGGCAGCACCCUGGCAAUACACUGCGCAUUGUUCGCAUCUGGUACGCGAGACCUGCUGAUCCACUCAAUGUACCUCCCAUCGCUUAUCUGACCUAUCGAACAUUCCACCCGGCACAGAAAGCCAGGAAAGGAAUGAUUGAACACCGUGUCGAGUGUACAGCUGAUUUGAUGAAGAGGGCGAGUGCUUGGCUUAAUAUCACCGGUGCCAAUAUCCUCAAUGUGGAGACGCUUCACAUUCACUUGUUUGAGAACGUCCGCUCGAUAGAAAGUGAGGAGACUUAUGUCAGCCGAAAGUCGUACAGUUACAAAUAUGCCAUUGGUUUGCGGUUCAUCUUUAACGGGCCGUACGAAGAACCACCCCCAGGCUUCCUUCCUCCGCUGCCCGAGUUACCUCCCGAUGACAGCGACUGUGUUGUGCAGUGAUGAUAAAUCCCUGUUAUCAUAAUACUGUAAAUCACAAAUUAAUUGCGCCUUUUAAUUUCUGCAAUCUUCGAAAAACAUUUUCUUACAAGUUUUGAUUUUGGUGGAUUACUAAAUUUCUUCAGUUUCUCCGAUUAGAUUUGUUCUCCCAAUUUUAUUUUUGCAAAUCAUGGUUUAAUUCAUGGAAUACGCAAAACUUUGGUGGUUUACAGUAUUGUCAUUAUCAGCUCAAACAAGUCAAAAUGAAAAUCAGGCAUGCAAAGAUGUUCAUAUAGUAUCGUGACAAAAUUCCUGGUAAAUCAUUUUGAUGAUAAUACCCGUGACUUGUCUUUUAGGAGAAGUUUUAAGGUGCGGCUAAGUUGGCACAUUUUGGCAAAGUUGGCAUAUUUUACGGUACUGGCGAGAAAUGAGCAAACCUGUACAUGUACAGUACAUACGGGUAAGUAGAAUAAAAGGUAGGAUCUACUUUUCAGUGUCAGUUCUCCAAGAGAUACUAAACUAGAGUAGUUGAUGAGGAGCACUAGUUUUCCUUUUUGAGAUUGACUCCAUAAAAUUCCCUAAUUAGUGAGCAUCUUUGCUUGUUUUAUAAUUCUGCAUCUUAUUUGAUGUCGGUGCUGCUGUUGUAAGGUGCUCUCGAUCUUGAGAAUCGACCCGUUGAGGUUUGAUUCGGAACCGUCUUCAUCAUUGGUUAAGCUGAGAGCACACAGAAGUAAACGCCUGUGAGAUCGUGUUUCUUCUCGAGUUAUUUGAAAAAAAGAAGAAAAGUAUUAAAAUUAAAAAUAACACCUGUGGCGUGGUAGCUAGUUUUUUGCUAGUUGUUGGAUAUCACCUAGCUUUGUAGGACGUAGAACAUUUCUGUAGUUAACCACCAGGAGAAUUAGUAGUAUUUAUCGAUGUUUGUAGUGAAUUGGUGACCAAAUACUGACUGAAUACUUAGGUAUGAAAAUACACGGUUAUAUUAUAUUUGAAUAGCUAGCGCACAUGAUAUUUAUGUAUUAGACUCUAUUGGAUUUGCAUUGAUUUACCCCCAUACCUUGACUUUACAAAGAACAUGAGGAUAUGUGACC